CGGCCCCAAAACUAUUUCAACACUCCCCCACUGCACACUCCAUCAAAACCCCAAUUUUCCAAUUCAAAACAAACCCUAAUUAAUUAAUCUUCCCUCCCACAUAAAACCAAUCUGCAUAUCCAUAAUUUUUUUUAUGUUUUAUUCAGUUUUUGAUUUUGCCCUAAUUAGUCAAUUUCUUCAUCUUCUUUAAAAUUUGUCAAUUUCUAAUACUUUGAAACCCUAUAAGAAGAUUGAUUAUGUAGAUUUUAUGCAUGAUAAAGUUCGGAUCUUUGUCUCAUGGCCUCAAAUCCUGUGAUUUUCGAUAUCAGCUCCGACGAGGAGGCGACGUCAUUCGAUGAAAUGAGAAGCAGCAGUGGCGGUUGUGGAGACGACGACGACGACCAUGACUGGUUGACUCAGCUACUUGAAAAUUUUGAUAGAGAAAGGGCCGAUUCUUCAUCGUCUUGUGACGAUGUGGUGGUUAUCGGCGAGUAUAUUCCGGCCAAUAAGAAUAUUAAGGAGAAGCCGUCGAAGUUAGUAAAACAUUUCGAUGAUGACGAUGAUUGUGUUAUUUUGGAGUGUGACCCGGAAAAAUCAGUGGAUGUUGUUGAUAAUUGUGACGAUGAUGGAGAUGAUAUUCUUGUUGUUGGACAAAAAGGACAGAUUGCUUGUAGAGAUUAUCCUCAUCCACGGCAUCUUUGUGCUAAAUAUCCCUUCAGUUCAACCCCACAUGAAAAAUACUGUGAAUUGUGCCACUGUUAUGUCUGUGAUUCACUUGCCCCCUGUGCUCUCUGGGUUGCAGGUGUCUCUACUAUUGAUCAUUGUCACGCCACUGAUAAACAGGAAAUGUGGAAACGUCUACGGGAAAGUUCUAGGCUAGGGAAAAAGUCUCCCUUGCCGGUUCCGAAGUGUCCUGAUGCUCAUCUUCCCGUGACAUUACCCCUACUCAACCAACUUCCACCCGAAAAGAUUAUACGAGCGGCCGCUAUCACGAGAACGCAUAAUAUGGUUUCAAGACGGGAUACUAUUCGUUCCUGCUCUUCUGCCAGGUUUAGUGUUCCCAAUAUCAUAAGCCAGACAAGAAACCAACGACCAGUAUAUGCUCAGGGUAGAAAUGGAUUUUUGCCUGGCUUUCCUCAACAUUCAGCUGGAAUUGGCAUGCAUAAUAAUACACUUGCACAAGAUAGAGGUCCACACGUUGUCUUUUCAAAAACAACGUUUAAAAAGCCUGGAAUCAUCAGACAAGCUGCAGUAGUUAACCAAUCAGUGUGUGGCUCCUUAAUUAACAGGAAUAGUGCUCCUCCAUCGCACUGUUUGAUGAGUUCUGCUCCACAGACGACUGCAAAUGCUAAAAGUACCUCUGGGUGGCAUGGUGUUAUUCCACCCAACAACAUUUCAGAAUCCUAUUCUAGUCAAAGCCCUCCCCAACCUAACAAGGAUGAUGUCAGUGUAAGCACAAUGCUCCCUUUAGCUCAAUCAUACUCUCAGCCUGUUCCUCAGUCAAAUGAUUCUGGAAAUGUUUUUCAAUAUGGAAAUCAAAGUCAAAAUGUUGUAGAUUCGGGUUUUUCAGAUUUUGACCUCGGUUGGCUUUACAACUCUAGUAAAAUAACUCAGCAAUCUUUAGUUGAAAAUAUUCAUUAUAAUGGAACUAGUUCGAACAAUGGUUCCACCACUAUUGAUCACCUUUGUUCUGAUUUUACUGGAAGCACUGAACACCAUCCGAAAGACCAUGUGGUAGACCAUGACUACCACAACUGGCUUUUAGCCCAGUCUGAUGCAUUGGCCUCAGAAGGUGUGCCAGAUCUGAAUGCUUUUUCUCCGGAGUGCUCUGCGUUUGAUGCAGCCAUAUUUGAUUAGGUUAUGCAACUAGGAGGAAUGGUGAUUCUGCAGCUAUAUUUUGGAUCAAGAACUCGAAAUUCGGGAUUCAGAUCUUCUUCUAAGAUGAAGAAUGUUAUAUAUGUUCAAGGUUGUACAAGCCUUGGAGAUGAUUAGCAUGCCAUAGUGUGAACUACUUUUGGCAAAUGCCUAAUUGCCAUCAAGUCGAACUCACAUAAUCCUAUGUCAAAAAGGACAUCUUAGAUUAAUUAAUUAAAUUAAUAUAAUUAUUCUUAAUUA